UACUGGCCGGGCCAGCUGUCCGAAACGCUCCCCCCGUCUUCUCUCUUCUCUUGCCCGGCACGCUCUCCAACCCAAAGCCAGACCGUUCCUCCUCUCCUCCCACCCCCCAACCGCUAACCCUACCCGCCGGCGGCGCGGCGGAGACCCGACUCCGGGAGGGCGCCCGAUCCCCCGCGAGCCAUGCCGCACGCGCGCUCCGAUCUGGCCUUGGAUGAUUCGCCAGCAGAGUCGUCGAGCUUCCGCAGCCCCAGCUCUUUCCCCAGAACGAAGCGUACAAAGUGGUCUGACAGGGAACCGCUUGAUUGUUCCACGUCGGCCUGCGGUGGUGCACGCGUGAAGAUGCUUGACCGGUGUUCGGAGAGGCGUCAGAUUGCUUCCUGUAGCGGCGACCAACCGCAGAGCUCAGGCAUGUUUGUUGCCACGCAGGGGAAUGCUUGUCCCGUCAAUAACGGUGGUGGGAUCUAUUCGCAGUCUGGCAUGAGCUAUUCAAAUGGUCAAAAUGGGACAUACGGUGCAUAUCCGCAACAUCAGCCCUUUGAAGGCUGUAUGUAUGUGAAUGAGCAUGGCCAGAUGUGUGGGCCUUACGCACCCAAGCAGCUCUAUGAGGGGCUAUCCAGUAGUUUCUUGCCUCAAGAUCUUGCUAUUUAUGCUCUUGUUGGUGGGCAAAUGCUCAAUCCUGUAGCCUUGAGUUCUCUGGAGCAGUUCCUUUCACAAUGGAAUUCUGCCGGCGCGGCCACCAUGCCGAAUGAAUCGAAGGAGAAUAAGACAGUGGCUCGUACUGAUAAAAUGGCGUUUCCAGAUGCUCUCUCAAGCGAUGAGUCAUGCUGGAUGUUCGAGGACAGCGAUGGCAGCCGUCAUGGGCCACAUUCUCUUGCUGAACUUUCUUAUUGGCUUCAUAGCAGCUAUCUCCAGGAUCUUUCUAUGGUUUACCAUGUUGAUAGCAAAUUUGGUCCAUUUACACUUGUCUCAUUAAUUGAUUGGUGGAGUGGAGGUCACACAGAGCAUUCAGAAGCCUCAGAGAAUGAUUCUGGGUCAGCCAGUGACGUGUUGGGUGACAUAGUCGAUGAUAUUAGUCAUCAGCUCCAUGCCGGUAUAGUGAAAUCAGCCCGCAAGAUUUUUGUUGAUGAAAUUUUCAGCUGUGUGCUUCCAGAAAUUAUCGCCUGUAGGAAGACUGAGAAGCAACUAGCUGCAAAAUCGAAACUCCUAGCUUGUAAGCCUGACAGCAAGAAGGCUUCAGCAUUAAAGGGCAAGGCUCAUGCAAAAUUUACUAAUCACAAAAAAGGAAGCUCAUAUAAUACAGUACGAGCAACUUCUCCCGUGGCUGUUCAGUCAACUGCGGUGCAUACCAAAUUUGCUGAUGUAUUAUCAGCAGUUUGGCAAACUCUUUAUUACGAAUCCAUGAAGAAUAUCUGGGAUGGGAUACUGUAUGAUCCUGUUAUGGACUACUGUGGUGCAUGGAUUAAGAGAAAUGACCAUUCGAGUCUUCCUUGUACGAGUAUUCCUGGUUCGUCUGAUAACAGAAACAAGCAAGAAGCUGAUGGAUUGAAGGUAAUAUGUGAUUCAGAAGCUCUUGAGUGCGACAUGGAUUUCCCACCUGGAUUUGGGCCGACAUUGGAGUGUGCAAGCCCCGUCUCUCCGCCGUUGUUAGACAUUGGUUCUUGCGAUGACAAAAAUAGUUGGUGGCGUGAAUCAAAUUCCACCACAUAUUUUGACACCUCAUCAGGAGUCCAGGUAAUGCUGGCGAAUGAACUAUACGUGGCAGCAAAGGAAACUUUGUUUCACCAUUUCAGGGAGGUUAUUGCAGAGGAGAUAACAAACUGGUUGGGCUUUGGACUUGAAGACAUCACUGAUCAAGAACUAAUUCGUACUCCUGUUCAUGCACCGGACUCACCUAGUUCUGCUGGAAUGGACAUUCAUGAAACACCCCCCAUUCCUCCUGAAAUGGCUCAAGAUAAAUUAUUGGAUAUUGCUAAAAUGACUACAGAUGCAAUAACCAGUCCGGCUGAAAUGGCUCUAGAUGCAAUAACCAGUCCGGCUGAAAUGGCUCUAGAUGCAAUAACCAGCACGGCUGAAAUGGCUCUAGAUGCAAUAACCAGUCCGGCUGAAAUGGCUGUGGAUGAAGUGUUGGUUACCGCUGAAAUAGCUACUGUACCCAGUCCUGCUGACAUGGUGGCAGGCGCAACAUCAUUUGUAUCUGAUGUGGCAACGGAUAAAAUGCUCACUUCUCAUGUGGAGCAUCAAUCCCCUUCUUCAUCUUAUGCUAGUAUAUUUGAAAAGCUGGAUGUAUCCGAGGCAGCUGAAUUGGAUGAGAGUUUUGAUGAGGUGCCUCCUGGUAUGGAGACUGGCUCAGCUUCUGUGCUGGUCAUGGACAAAAACAAAUACCGACCUUCAAAAUCAAUCAACUCUAUGCCCGGAAUUUCUAGAUACAUCACCGUGGCUAUCUGCAGGCAGACACUGCAUACGAAUGUUAUAGAAGAGUGGGCAUCUCUCCUGUCAGAUACUAUCAGCGAGUGCCUUGAUUCAUGGUAUACCAAACAGACUGUUGUGCCUAAAAACAUCGACGAAUCAUUGAGACCUAAUAAAGAAUAUGCGUACUACAGAAAGAGAAAGUUAAGGAACAGCUGUGAAGCAGUGUCAUCCAAAAAAGCAGUGAGAACUCCAACGGAUGAGCAGCUUUCCAAGCCUCUACGUGAGCUUGUUGAGCGCAAGGUUCAUCUUAAAAAUGUCCAGGAACCAAGGAAGGCCGGGAAGUCGAAAAAGUCCUCCAAGAGUCGUACCAAAACUCUUGAUAAUGUUGUAAACACUUUGAAUAUCGAACAAGGCUUGAAGCGGCUUUCCAAUGAUGUGCCAAAGACCUCCAAGAGUCGUACCAAAACUCUUGAUAAUGCUGUAAACCCUUUGAAUAUCGAACAAGGCUUGAAGCGGCUUCCCAGUGAUGUGUCGAAGGCCUCCAAGAGUCGUACCAAAACUCUUGAUAAUGCUGUAAACCCUUUGAAUAUCAAACAAGGCUUGAAGCGGCUUUCCAAUGGUGUGCCAAAGGCCUCCAAGAGUCGUACCAAAACUCUUGAUAAUGCUGUAAACCCUUUGAAUAUUGAACAAGGCUUGGAGCGGCUUUCCAGUGAUGUGCCAAAGACCUCCAAGAGUCGUACCAAAACUCUUGAUAAUGUUGUAAACCCUUUGAAUAUCGAACAGGACUUGAAGCGGCUUUCCAAUGAUGUGCCAAAGAGACAAAGGACUUCUCAUCUUACUAGGAUGCCUCUGGUUGAUAAUGAGGUUCCUUUUGAGAACGUUAGUGUGCCCACAAAGCUUGCAAAGAAAAGAAAGAAUAAGAACAUGUCUACUGACUCCAGUCAGAAGGCAAAGCCAUUGAUUUUGUGUCCAGAGUCAGAUGGCUGUGCAAGAGCUUCCUCCAAUGGGUGGGAGUGGCGUAAUUGGGCACGCACCGCCACUCCAUCAGAAAGGACUCGUGUGAGAGGGUACCGCGUUCGGAGUAUUCUUUCAACUUCAGCUAAUAAUGUGUGGAAAAACCCGCAAGUUAAAGGUACAUCUGCGCGAACAAAUCGCGUUAAGUUACGAAACCUGUUAGCUGCUUCUGAAGGCACUGAGCUACUGAAAAUUACCCAAUCGAAGGCAAGGAAGAAGCGGUUACGUUUUCAAAGGAGCAAGAUCCAUGAAUGGGGUCUGGUGGCCCUUGAGUCAAUUGAUGCAGAAGAUUUCGUUAUUGAAUAUGUUGGUGAACUGAUUCGCCGGCCGGUCUCAGACAUACGUGAGGCUCAAUAUGAGAAGAGUGGAAUUGGAAGCAGUUACCUUUUUCGCUUGGACGAUGAUUAUGUGGUUGAUGCUACAAAGCGUGGCGGUUUAGCAAGAUUUAUCAACCAUUCGUGUGAGCCGAAUUGUUAUACAAAAAUAAUUACUGUUGAGGGCCACAAGAAGAUUUUCAUUUACUCAAAGAGGCGUAUAUAUGCUGGCGAAGAAUUGACGUACAAUUACAAAUUUCCAUUGGAGGAAAAGAAGAUACCAUGCCACUGUGGUUCCCAAAGGUGCCGUGGAUCAAUGAACUAAGAAGUCAAGCUUAUUACUGAGGAUUUUACACUAAAGUACAGGAUGGUGGAACAUGCUGUUUUGGGGAGAUUACAGUUUCUUACCCUGUGAUGAAGAACUACACUAUUUUAGGCUAGAUGAGCUGCUAAUUCAGGCUAUCCAGAGUAAGGCACAGGCGCCGACUAUUGGUUGCCAGCUCGCCACUGCCUCGUGGAAGACUGCAACUGAGCUUUCUCCCUCUGGUCUGCUGAGAGUGAAGAGGAGGACAAGUGAGUUCAGCGUGGGCGGAGCUAGUGGAUGGUUGGUUACUUGCUGACAAGGUUAAUACUAAUGUUCUUGCUCAUAUUUGGAUAGAAUUGGAAAACCCACAAUCUUGUACAUUGCCAAACAGCCCAACACUAUGAUUAAUUACAUUUGACCGAUUGAAAGAUAUAGAGAUUGCAUUGUGGUUAUUGGACGAGAGGUAAAUCUAACUAGUAGCCUGUAAAAGAUGAAACACAGAAAGGCAAGCAAUAAUGAAGUUUUUCCUUCA